CUGUGGAGGAAGAGGGACAGAAAAAAGAAAGACAGACUGUUUUCCUGGAGGUUCCAGCAGCCUCAGAGCACCGGAGGAACCAGUGAGCAAAGCUGCAUUCUGGGAUAGGAGCUCAAGGGGUUCCGGAACAGGAUCUGUGCCUGUGCAAAAGAAGAAGAAGAAGAAGAAACUAAACGCGAGCACAGUGUGUGUGGAAAGCUCACAGCUGCAGUUUUCCUUCAUUGCUGAGCAUCUGUUGCCAUGGCAGCUGAGAAAGCUGAAAUAGAUGCGCUGAAAAAGGAGUGUGAUGAGCUCCGUACAAAGAUUGAGGCAGCUCGCAAGGCUGUCAAUGACAGCAGCAUGUCUGCAGCGGCAGGGAGCGUGGCCUCAGUAGGCCGUGUCCAGUUGAAGCUGAGAAAGACGCUCAAAGGUCACCUGGCCAAAAUCUACGCCAUGCACUGGUCAGCUGACUCCAGGCAGAUGGUCAGCGCAUCACAGGACGGCAAACUUCUCAUCUGGGACUGUUUCACGGGAAACAAAUUGGUUGCUGUGCCGCUGAAGUCAGCCUGGGUGAUGAGCGUCGCCUUCGCACCCUCUGGGAACCUGGUGGCCAGCGGUGGUCUGGACAACAUCUGCACAGUCUACAACAUCAAGGCUGCCAGUCCCAAAACCCUGAGGGAGCUGGACGCUCACACAGGUUACCUGUCUUGCUGCCGUUUCCUGAGUGACACUGAGAUCAUCACAGCUUCUGGUGACACCACCUGCUGUUUGUGGGACUUGGAGACUGGGAAGCAGAAGACGGUCUUCACAAACCACAUUGGCGACUGCAUGUCGCUGGCUCUUUCGCCCGACAUGAACACCUUCAUCUCGGGAGCCUGCGACUCUCUGGCCAAGCUGUGGGACCUGAGGGAUGGCACCUGCAAGCAGACCUUCUCUGGACACACCAGCGACAUCAACGCCAUCGCUUUCUUCCCGAAUGCAAACUGUAUCAUCACUGGCUCAGACGACUGCACAUGCAAGAUGUACGACCUGCGCUCUGAUCAGGAGGUGAUCAACUACCAGGACGCCAGCCUGAAUGCUGGCGUCACAUCUGUGGCUCUGUCUAUGUCGGGCCGAAUUAUUUUUGCUGGCUACGACGACUUCAACUGCCACAUGUGGGACUCACUGAAGGGGGACAAAGUUGGUGUCCUCUCUGGACAUGACAACAGGGUUAGCUGCACCGGUGUUCCCAAUGAUGGGAUGGGAGUCUGCACAGGAUCCUGGGACAGCUUCCUGAAACUGUGGAACUGAGCCACCCAGGUGCAGAAGACCACCUGGAUAAGAGGAAGUCAGAAGAAGAGGUG